ACUGACCCAAGCAAUCUAGAGUUUAGAAUUUCCAUCGAUGACCCUGAGCUAAAACUAGGACAAGGGAACAAUAUUUCUUUGGUCAUAAAUGGCAGUCAAGGGACCCAGGCCACAAUUAACCUCCCAGUAAGAAUUCGAGUAAGCAUCUCUGCAAGAUGUGGUGGAAUGUUUCUGGAGGAUGGGACGGUCCUGGAAGUGACCUGUAAUAAAACUGGAGGAAAUCAGAACAUUGAGAGUCUGAGGUACAUGGUCAACGACCAACAGCCAGUCACAAAUGUGACGGUCACAACGUUCACAAUCGACACAUCUUUGCUGAACCGACAGACCAACAUUAUCAGGAUCACUAUUACUGGC